CGAGCCAGCCAUCGAUCCGUCCAUCGAUCCAUCGGCGCCGACUCGGGCGAAGGCGAUGCGUCCGCUCGUCUGCUUCUUCUCAGGUGCGCUGAUGUGGUCGUGGUGCGUUCACGGCCUCCGGGUGGACAUUUCUCCCAGCGGGCCGCUCUUCAAGCUGGGCGAGCGUGGGCAGCUUUCGUGCUCCGUCGGCGAGUGUCCCGUGGCGCCAGUCGUCUCGUGGACGCCGCUCGGCGACCGGCCGCUCGACGCCGACGUCCGAACGCGGGGCCGCCUGUCGCUGCUGACCUUUGACCCCGUGGAGAUGGAACACGAAGGCCCGCUGCUGUGUAAAGUCACGUGCGGGGAGCAGCGCAAACACGCUAAAACACACAUCAGCCUCUACGCCUUCCCGUCGGACCCCGUCAUCCGAGGUCACCACCCCGUCCGCGAGGGGGAGGAGUCUACGCUGACCUGCGAGGUGCGUGACCUUUACCCCGCUGAGAUGCUGACUCUGGAUUGGCUGAGAGGAGGGCAGGUGGUGCACAGCGUCACGGGGGAGGCCGGCGCCACCGCUGUCCAAUCGACUUACAGCUUCACACCUCAGAGGGCGGAGUCGGGACAAAACCUCACCUGCCGGGCCACUCUGGAACUGCGGGAACUGACGCCCCGUGAACGCACACGCCACGCCCACGCCCGCAUCCGCGUCACGUUCGCUCCAGUGGUGACGGCGCUGUCGGACCCCGGUGCAGUGUUGUCAGGGUCCAUCCUGGUUCUGAGGUGCUCUGCGGCCGGCGACCCGGCGCCGGUCCUCACGUGGACCUUCAGGCCCGAGGGGCGCGGGGCGCCGCAGGUCAAGGGUCACGGUGGGGAGUUGGUGCUGGCUGCACAGGCGGGGGAGUACUGCUGCGAGGCGCACAAUCAGGACGGCAAACACAGCAAGGCGGUCCGGGUACAAGUGAACACUCCACCUAGCAACACGUCCAUGUGGGUGCAUCCGGGUCAGGAAGUCCUGGAGGGCCAGCGAGUCACCUUAGCUUGUCACUCACACGGAGCCCCGCCCCCCAGCCUGGUGCUAAGGAAGGAUGGGGUGGAGCUUCAGAGGUCUGACGCCGCCCCCUCGCUAACCUUCAGCCUAACGGCGCAGCCUCAAGACUCCGCCCAAUACCAGUGCGACGCCGCAAACGCCUUUGGAACGCAGCGAGUCACGCGACACGUCAACGUCACGGUUCACCCUCUGCGUGUGGAGGUGCGCCCGCAGGUGGCGCCGGCGGCCGUGUCUUCCGGCGUUCUUCUGACGUGCGAAUGUUCGGGGUGUUCGGUGCCACCCGCGCUCACCUGGACGAGGACGGCGCCCUCGGGCGCCGUCCCGCAGGCCGACUGGGACGCCGAGUCCCUGGAGUCCCGCCUCCUCCUGCGGGACGUCCAGCCGCGGGACCGAGGAGGAUACGUGUGCCGGGCCACCUGCGACAACGUCACCAGGAGCGGCCGGGCCACCGUCCACGUCUACUCUCUCCCGUCCGAUCCGGUGGUGAAGGAGGGCGGGGCGGUGCCGCUGGGCCAGGAGGCGCGGCUGCGGUGCGACGUGAGGGACGUGUUCCCGGCCGACCGGCUGCGUCUGUCGUGGCGGUCGGGCAACGAGAGCCUGCUGGUCCAGACCUUCGAGCGCUCGGCGUCCCCGCGGAACAUCUCGGCCGUGCUGCGUCACCGCGCCGACGCCGAGCGGCGCCUGGUGAGCUGCGAGGCCCGGCUGUUGACGGAGGCCGGCGCCGUGUGGAGGUCCAGGAAGUCCAGCGUGCUUCUCGCCGUCCACGCUCCUCCCAGGAACACGACUGUCCUGGUUCUGCCGUCGGCGGCGGUGUCGGCGGGCCAGAACGUGACGGUGUUGUGUCGUUCCGUCGGCUUCCCGCCGCCCGACGUCGUCCUGCGGAAAGUGUCGGACGGGACGGAGCGGCGCUCGGCCGACGGGAUCUUCCCGUUGGUCAACGUGACGACCCGCGACUCGGGCCUCUACCGGGUCAAUGUGACCAACGACUUGGGCCACCAGGUCCGCGUGUUCCGCCUCACCGUGACAGAGCCUAGCGUUAAGACUCCGCCCGCUCUCGCCUCCGUCCUGCUCCCGGCCGCCAUUGGUGCAGUCGGAUUGGCCGCCGCCACUCUGCUCAUGGACUACCUGAGAAGGUCCAAAAAGAAACGAUCCUACCAGCUGACGCCCUCAGCACCUCCGCCUGAACACCACGCCCUCGGCACCGCCCUCGCCCUGUGAAGACCACCGCCUCGUAGAAACCAACGCCCCCGCCCCGUGAAGAUCACCGUUCGUAGAGACCACCGCCCCCGCCCCGUGAAGACCACCGCCCCCACCUGCUGGCCCCCAACUGCUGGAUCCCAUCCACCUGAAGAGCCGCUACGAAUUAUAAUAAUCGCUGAUCUCUGUCGAACAAACUCUAAGAAGAAUUGGGUCAUUUUCAUAUCAUUUUAAUCGGGGUUCAAAUCAAAUCAAUGGCAGCUUGUUAAAAAAAAAUAAAAAAUUUGUGGGAUGCCGCCUUGGUUUUCUCAAGGUAAAUGUCUCCAUGCUAAAAGAGUCCUAUUGUCAAAAAUAUAUUGAUGAUUUCAAAUUUUAGGAAUUCAUAGGCACGGCACAAACAUUUUUCUUCUCCUGGUGCUAAGGCUUGACCGAUACGUAGGGGGGGGGGCUGAGAAAAUAAUUGAGUUUCACGAAUUCAGUUGCUUUAUAAUAGAACAUUGCAGCCAUUUGUAAUCAUCGUACCAUCGACGAUUAAAGUAGCGAUCCUGCUGUCCAACUUUCGUGGCACGUUAACGCCAAAGAAGGGGCCACCUUGGUUCAUCAACGGGGGACUGGUUUAAAUUCGAGGGGUUCGUCACCUGAGUCUGUGUCAGCAGUGCAGCUAACGGGCGCUGCAGAGCAGCUAGCAGCAAUGGACUGCUCUGGUGCUCCUUCAGGAUCUGGCUCAUUUGUCAAAUCUUCCUUUUUUCGUUGUCCCACUGGUAGACGGGCUUUUUAUUUUCUACCUGCACUCUUUCUUGAAUGGAAACAAAUGUUUUUCUCAAUCGCAAAACGAUCCAGUGCCGCAACGGACUGUAGGCCAGCUAGCUAGCUAUCCAUCCAUCCGUUUUCCGAGCCGCUUCUCCUCACGCGGGUCGCGGGCGUGCCGGAGCCCGUCCCAGCUAUCAUCGGGCAGGAGGCGGGGUACACCCUGAACUGCUCGCCGGCCAAUCGCAGGGCAGCUAGCUAGCUAGCCUUAACCUAACACUCGAGAAAAUGAAAGAUUCCCCCGCCCCCUCCCCUCCCCUUACACACACGUGGUACAGGCGCAGCGCAAACACCAAGCAGGGUUUGGAUUGGAACAGAAUGGCUACUUGUGAACCUUUGAAUGUUUUGGGGGGCUACAAGGAACUCUGACGGGGCGAUAGCACCUCCCCUAGUCCCGGUGUAGUGCCGUCACUGAAGGAAAUCCUUAUUAACAGAGCGAACGGUGUUGGCUCACGGAAAGUUUUUUUUACAACGGUAAAGACAUAAACAGCUUCCAAAAAAUGGUGUGACGUGUUUCGCUUCAAACUUAUGAUCCCAACUGCUCAUUAAAGCCAUGACACGUCUUGUCUUUAUACGCUUGUAAUAACGGUAGAAAAGACAUGCAAUAGUUCCCACACCUUCACAAAUUCGUACAAAGACAUUUUGCCAUUAAUACUUUCAAAAAUAUUACUUUUGAAUAUUUGAUUUCUUAAACACUUGUGGCACGGUGGCCGACUGGUUAGAGCGUCUGAGGACCGGGGUUCGAUCCCCGGCCCCGCCUGUGUGGAGUUUGCGUGUUCUCCCCGUGCCUGGGUGGCUUUUCUCCGGGCACUCCGCUUUCCUCCCACAUCCCAAAAACAUGCAUUCAUUGGGGACUCUAAAUUGCCCGUAGGUGUGAAUGUGAGUGCGAAUGGUUGUUUGUUUGUAUGUGCCCUGCGAUUGGCUGGCAACCAGUUCAGGGUGUACCCCGCCUCCUGUCCGAUGAUAGCUGCCAUGGGCUCCAGCACGCCCACGUGAGGAGAAGCGGCUCAGAAAUCGGAUGGAUAGAGGGAAACGCUUGUUAGCUUUUGAAUGAUACCAACUGCCAAUCAUCAGAAUCAGAAUCAUCUUUAUUUGCCAAGUAUGUCCAAAAAAAAAACCACAAGGAAUUUGUCUCGGGUAGUUGGAGCCGCUCUCGCACGACAACAGACAGUCCAU